AUGGCACGACAACGUUCAAAAAGGCCACACGAAGACGACCCGUCUCCUCCAGGGCCGCGACAAGAAAACCCCCGGGUCAAGAGGGCGAAGACGGGCCACGACCCCCGCCAGCAACACCACGAAACAUCUCGAACACGUUCGAAAAGGCCACGCGAAGACGACCCGUCUCCUACAGGACCGCGGCAAGACGGCCGACAAGAAAACCCCCGGGGCAAGAGAGCAAAAACAGGCCACAACCCCCGCCAGCAACACCACGAAGUCCAGACAUCUCCUCCAUCUCCUCCAUCUUUACCUCAAGACAAGCAUUCGGUCGACCGAACCGCCGUCGACCUUCUCUCCGCCAAGGAGGAGGAGCAUAGCCAUAUCGCCGUCGCCGGUCAGCCGAACCCGGAACGGAAGACCGAGGAUCACCAGACUAUUACACUUGCUCCUCCGGCAACCGACACUCGCCUAACCCGCGAAAAUCUGGCGAAGCUCAACAGGAUGUCCUCCAAUCUUCCAUCGCACGACACCUUCCAAGCCUCGGGCCGAGGCUCGGGACUCACCAACCCGACGUCUUUGGCUUCAAUCAGUCGCAAGUCGUCCAACGCAUACACCAAUGGCUUCGAAUCAAUCUUGUGGAAUAGAGGGAUCUAUACGGAUGGCGACCCUUCCAUGCUGGCCGAUCUCGAAGAACUACGACGGGAAAGAUCCGUGAGGCCUUCGCUGGCACCAUCCGAAUACUCGGAUAGCAAAAUCGAGGGGUUCAUUCGAGCAAACGCUUGCGCGGUCUCGGAACUAGACAUCGAACGUAAUAUUGUGCCGGCCAUAAUUGGUUCUAUGAACCAUCUCAGUCUUCCGAACAACAGCAGCGUUUCCUGGAGCAACAUGAGCUCGAUGACUGGAAAAUGCACUGUUGCCCCUCAGCCUGAUUUGUAUUAUGGAGCCCGUUUCAGAGAUAUCGCCAAGCCAAUCCGGGACAGCAUCGGCCACUUAAUUCAACCUUCAGUACUGCCAAACGCUGCAGCUGCGCCACAUUUCGUUCUGGAAGUCAAAGGUCCCUCCGGGCGUCUCGAUAUAUUGAAGCGCCAGGCCGCUUACAGCGCUGCCGCGACAGCUCGUGCUGUAUUUGCUCUUGAGAACUUUGGGGUGGACGACCCGAAAUAUGACGACACGGCCAAGGCACACGCCUGGACUUAUUCUAGUAUAAACGGCGAUCUUACCCAAUAUGCCAUGCGCGUUGGUAGACCUGCACCCGGCUCUUCAGAACCAUCGUACCACUUUACUCAUAUCAAGACACACCACAUCAUGGAAAGCGUUGACCAGUUCCGCAGAGGCGUCUCAGCGUUCAGGCACUGGAGGGACGAAUCGCACGCAAAAAACCAGGCACGCUUGGCCGAAGCGCACGAACGUCUACGGCGUCGCAGCCAGCAGACAAGCCAGCAGACAAGCCAGCAGACAAGCCACCCCGUCCCCGGCAGUACUCUUCCAGUUCCCCCUUGUCUCCCAGAAUCGCAUCCAGCAGAGAUGAACCCCCCUGGGAAUGAUGUCUUGCUGGAUCUGGAUCAACAACUGCAGCAGGACUGCGAAGCCAGCUUGUCAGAAGAAGCACCCGGCGGCUCUUCAUCGGCGGCGGCGGUCAUCACAACGAGCAUGACGUCGGCAGUGUCGACUCAAGUGACAGCCUCGCGUCACGACGGCGCCCCCAGCAAAAAAAAGAUCUCUGUGUCCAGGCCCCAGCGCACCAGGCGGCGGCCCAAGAGAUUUGGCAUGCUCGGCAGUUGA